UUCAAGAGUGCAACAUCGGUGUGUUCUCUGGACAGGCAUUGGCAAAAGCACUUCAGAAGAAACACCAGUCUCCGCAGCUUGAGCAUUACUGAAAGCGCUAUUUCUGCCUACAGCAUGCAACUGCUGGGGGUUGCACUCCGGGUAAACUCCACACUGGAAGAGAUUGAGCUUUCAGGCAGGCGGUCUCUGCCCUUUGGAGGAAUCGUCGGGCUAUGUUCUUCACUGGCCAAGAACAAGACAUUGAAGAAGCUAACCCUUGGCAAGUUUCCAGCCACCGAACAAGAACGGGAGGCUUUGGCACAGACACUGGCAACCAGCGAUAGCUACGGCCGUGUUCAGCUGUCCUGGGCAAAGCCAGAUGUCAGCGGCCUGUGGAAUGUCCUGAUCUCUCCUACAGCCUGCCCCGAAGAAGUGUGCCUUCCUGACAUUUGCAGUCUAUCAAAGGAAGCCCUCGGGCUACUCUUCGAUGCAAUUGCCUCGAGCGAGCGCAUUCACACUUUCAGGGCUUUGUGGGAAGGAAACGUUCGGGCGAAAGGGGCAGCCUUUUGCGAAAUGCUCAAGUCUAAUCGAUCCAUCAGAACUCUGGACAUCUUCGUAGGAACUGGCAAUGGCAAUCUUGCCCACAGCAUUUUUCAUGCCCUCGCGGAAAACGAAAUGAUUACCAAGCUCAUGAUUGGCAUUGAAGUCAUCGAAAACGAUGAGAUGGCCACAGACAUCUCUUACUUCCUGGCUCACAACAAGACGGUCACAGCAUUUCACAUGACAGUGUCCCACUAUCUUUACACUGAAUUUGUGGAGGAGUUCUCAAAGGGACUGCAGCAGAACAGGUUGAUCGUAGAGCUCAAGCUCAAUAAGAACUUGAUUUGCAACGAAGCGAGCUUCACUGUUUUUGAAGCAGUUCGAAGGAACAGGGCCGCUCUGAACCGUGCAGUGGAUUUCAUUCUUUUGCACAAAGUAGACAGGGAGUGUGCAGAAGCCUUCGAGCUGUUUUCGAAGACGCCGCUUCUUCUCUCCCAUGCUGUAAAUGUUUCUGGGAAAACAGAAGGCGAGGUAUUGGCAGACAUGGUCUCAGCUGCUAACUGCUUAACUGACAACUAUCUCACUAUCACAGGGGUCGUUCGGAACUCCGUUGAAUGCCAUCCUGCCGAAGGGACUCAAAUAGCUGCUCUGAACAAGGACUGUUGGCGUGCCAUAUGUCGCCAUCUUAGAGUCACAGAUGUGUUGGUGCCUUCGUAAAGAUUGCCCAAAAUGUUGCUUUCAUCAAAUUAUCAUGCCAAAUUUGCAGUUCCAGUUUUUGAAGUUUGUUAAGAUGGCAUUGAAUGUUAGUAUUAACCUCUCUACGUUAUAAGCCAUUGAUGUACUACAUUUCAUCCCUACCAUUAUUAUUUCUGUGGUCAUUUGUAGGCUCGUUACAUUCUCCGUUGCUGGGUGCUCCUUGUUUAUUAGGCAAUGAAAUACUGUCAACUUUAUGAAUACAUGAUAACUUACCGUUUUGGUGAAUUUUCAUUUCUUUCAUCAUUGAU